CUGAGAGUACGUUGCGUAUGAGCGGAUUUAACGGAAAAUCUACUGAAACCAGAUUCAUAUUUUUGCAUGAAGUGAAACCAAAAACGUCUGCAUAACAAAUAAUAAAAAUUGUAAUAAACACCAAUAAGCGUUAAUUUAUGCCAGAAAAGAAUGUUCACGAAAGUGUCGUAAAAGUGGAAAUAACAGCUCUUGAAGUAGAACAACAAAAGUGAAAGAAACAUAAAAUAGAUAACAAUUGUAAAAGUGAAAUGUGGAGGCUUCAAAAAGCAAAAGCAUAAAAGAAUAAGAAAAAGAAAAACAGCAACAAAGUUAAUAAUACCUUGGUAAACAUAAGCGUAAUGCUGCUGCUGCUUCCAAGAUGGUGAUGAUGAUGAUGAAGAUUGUGUUCGAAGAGAAAUACACAAAUAUUUGCCAGAGAAUGGCCUAAAGUAAACACACAUCUCUUGCCAGUGAAUAACACAAAAAAGCAGAUGCCAAAGAAUAAUCAGAAAAAAAGUUCACCGGCUGUAAAUGAAAUGAAAAAAUAAAUGUAUUUUGAAGUUUAACUAAAGAUUUUUUUGAAUUGAGAAAAGUAUUCCAAGAAGAAAAAGAAUCGAUAAGAAUUGUUUGCUUUUGUUUGGACCUUGGCCAAGGGUGAGGACGAGACACAGUGUAAACACAAAUCCUUUUCCAUUCCUUUUCAUUUCUACGUAUCUAAACAAAUAUUUAAAAGCAAACAUAAAUAAGAGCCCCAACCAAAAAAAAUGUUUUGUGGAAAUGGAAUAAAAUAGAAAGAAAAUUAAAAAAAAAAAAAAAUAAGUAAAGAAGCAAAACAAAACAACCACGACAAAAGUCCUUUAAAAAUAUUUGUAAAGUGCGAAGAGAAACCAGCAAAAAAAAAAAGUUUACCAACACCAAAACAUGUCAAGUAUGAAGUUAUAGUUGUUUUCCAUUUUUUUUUCGUUGCGAAAACAUGUGAGAGUACACACAGUAACAAUAAUAACAGUAACAACAACAGUAACAGCAGCAACGGCAACAAAAACAACAAACAUACAAAGUACACUUGCCUGCGUUGGCAUCAAGUUUGAAAACAAAAGGGAAAAAUAAAUGUUAUGCAUGUGCUAUCGAAUCGGGUCAAAAGUUCGCAAAAAUAGCAGCAGCAGUGGCAACAACAACAACAGCAACAGCAGCAAUGCCAAAAAGUGAAUAAAAUACAGAUGACUAACAUUCAGCUGUUGUUGUUGUCUUUUUUGGAAAUCGUUAUCACAGUUGUGCACGCAUACAACCCACCCACACGACCACCCAACGGCCAACUCCCACACCCAUACUCAACGAAAACACACACACACAAUGACUGUGCUUUGUCUGUCGUCUCGAUGUGAAUUCCUUGGCAAAAAGGAUAUGUGAUAAUACCACUAAACACCAAGUAGAUAGGUGAAUUUGUUUCCAAUACAAACGAUUAUUGUUGUUGUUGUACUUUCUUGUUCUUGGCUUUGACUAGAAUAGUUUCUUUUGCGACAGUGUUCGGUCUGUGAGCUUGGGCGUGUGUGCGUGUGUGCAUGUGGAUGACAUGUAACUACAAAUCUUAGCCAAAAUAAGGACAACGACAACAGAGGAUACUGCUGUAGCUGUACAGCGUGUGAGUGUGUGAGGUUGCUUGUGAUUUCCAUCCUUAAUAUGGCAGAAUUACAUAAAUUCACAAGUACAAUUGGAUUGAACCGCAAUCACCAAUGAGUCAAUAGCAAAAAAAAAAUAUUUUAAGCAAUAACUCUAAACAUAACUCGGAACGCUUGUGUUCCGACGAACUAUCAAAUCAUGCCUAAAACACAGGGCCUAGUACGGAAUAUCGGCGAGACUUGUCUCCUGUUGGUAAUCAUAAUGAGUGAUGUAACAAUAAGCGAAGUCACAGAGCCCUUCAAUGCAUUCAAAAUCUACGAGGAAUCAUUGGCAAAAUCAACAACACCAUCCUACACACCGCCGCCUUGGAUUGAUCCCUAUUUUGAUCCCACCACACCGCGUAAUGUAACGGCACUAAUGGGAAAAUCGGCAUAUCUCAGUUGUCGGGUACGGAAUUUGGGAAAUAAAACGGUUUCCUGGAUUCGACAUCGCGAUAUGCAUAUUUUGACAGUCGGCACCUAUACAUAUACAACAGAUUUACGUUUCCAGGCGAUUCAUCACAAUGGCUCCGACGAUUGGAUGCUACAGAUCAAAUGGACACAAAAACGAGAUGCCGGCAUGUUUGAAUGUCAAAUUUCAACACAACCCGUUCGUAGUUAUUUUGUGGAUCUACAUGUUGUGGUGCCCACAGCAACCAUCCAUGGAGGUCCCGAUUUCCAUGUUGAUAAAGGAAGUACCAUCAACUUAACAUGUACCGUUAAAUUUAGCCUUGAACCGCCAGCUUAUAUAUUUUGGUAUCACCAUGAAGAGGUCAUAAAUUACGAUUCGACACGUGGUGGCGUUUCUGUCAUCACCGAAAAAGGUGAUGUGACCACCUCAUAUUUGCUAAUUCAAAAUGCAGAUUUAGCCGAUUCGGGCAAAUAUUCGUGUGCACCAUCAAAUGCCGAUGUGGCCAGUGUUAGGGUGCAUGUUUUGAGUGUUCGUUCUCUCAUUUCAGGCGAACAUCCGGAGGCAAUGCAAACAGAAUCGGCUUCCGGCUGUCAUCAAUGUACAUGGCUACUAACCACGGCCCUGCUCCUACUGCUGCUGCUCAAACAAACAUUUCUCUGUAAUCCGCUUUCUAUGCGCCGGUGGUGGUGCUGGUGGUGGCAAUCAAAUUCACACAACAACACAGCGCCGUCAGAGCGAAGCAGAGAAACCACCAAAACCACAUCAACAACAGAUCACACUUCUACGCCCUGCAAGCGGAUACAUGAACAAUUUGCGGCAAACAAAAUCAUCAUCGAUUUGCAUAACAAUCCGGAUAACUAUAUGAUAAAAAACCAUAGAAAUUGUUGCUGACACCAUCGCCAUGGUCAUGAGAGCAGUCAUCGCCAUCAUCAUUCCCAUCGACAGCAUCCUCAUCGUGACGAUAAUCACCAUAAUUGUCCACACCAGCAUCAGCAAUUGGAAAUCUACUUUAGUUGAUACAAUCGAGAGGAGUAAGAAGUUAGUCAGUCAUUCGGGUUUUUAUAUACAGAUCUUGACUUGAUUAUUCUUGGUUAGGGAGAUGGAUAAAGGAAAUCGAAAUAUAUAUUUAUAUAUGUACCCAUAGAUAACUUAAGGAAAAUAAUAGCACAUAAGUGAAUUAAAGAAAGUAAGGAAGAAAUUUAAAAUUUUUUGUAUAAUAAGCUCUUAGAAUCGUAAGCUAUAUUCAUGCAUAUAUCGGUAAUAUUAGAAUAGUUUGAAUACAUUAUGCAAUGGAGGGAAAGGGGGCAAGUAAUUCAAUUAAACGCAAUAGGUAUCUUCAGAUUUUUGGAACGUACGUGGGAAGAAAUAAAGAUUGUCUUUUUAAAAAAAAAAUAUUUGGAAUAUGCGAAAAAUAUUUCCAUAUGAGCAGAUUUUCGUGGAUUUAUAUAAGUAGACUUAUUUUCAAAAUUGUUCUGGUCUUAGUUGAAAAAUGCAAAAUAUUAUCAAAGUUUUGUGGGUGAACGGGAAAAAAUUGGAACGGAAAGAUAAGACAUUUAAUAUAAAAUUUCCAAUUAAAGAUUAAUUUGGAGAACUGCCUUUUGGUCAAUGUUAAUAUUUAAAAUUUACUUUUUACCUAUACCACUAACCAUAAAAUAUGACAAUUUCCAAGGUAUUGAUAUUUGCAGUAGAUAUUUUAGAUGUUUAGAUAGGCAAUAUAGGGUUACUGUAAGAUUCAGACCACAUAUCUACUGAUUAUCAGUCAUUUAACCAGAUCUCCUGCAUUUCCGUUAUUUCGGUUUCUUAGGGGAUUAUUUUGAGAUCUCCCAAAAUAGUCAAAAUAGGUAUAGCCCUUUAUAUAAUGGAAUUUCGACAAAUUAGGUAUUCUUAAUGGGUAGGCGAAUUGGCCAAAAAAAAAUUUUUCCACGGUAAAUAAAGGACCUAUGUGUUGGAGAUCCAGGAAGCGUUAGAUUAUCUUUCCGAAAAUGUUUAUUUACUUUGCUCAUUUCAUAUGGCCAAAACAUCAAUCAUCGAAAUAACGAUUUUAGAUUUAUCUUUGGACCAAAUCUGUUUCAGGACAUUUAGAGUCGAUCUGGGGGUGUACGUCGGUCUGUCUGGCUGGCUGGUGGACAGGAUAACUCUCGAAGAGAGUAUCCGAUUUGGUCCAGUCUUGAUACAGCGUGCUAUUAUCAUCAAACUUCGAUCGAGUUUAAACAAAUCGAUCCGCUCCUUCUGGUAAAAAAAAAUAUUUCACUGCACAGAAGUAGGAAGUAUCAAAAAAGUCCAAACCUGGCAAGUCACAUUAUUUAUAUCAUACUAAAUUAUGUCCGAUACCAAAUGGACAAUAUUGGCCCAUUCCUUCGGAGCCAGCUAAAUAGAGGGUCAAUAACUUGAAUAAUCAUA